AUGAAGAAGACUGUGGUUUUGUACCCCGGCCUUGCCGUUAGCCACUUCGUCCCCAUGAUGCAGCUCGCCGACGUCCUCCUGGACGCUGGGUGUGCAGUUGUGGUGGCGCUUAUCGACCAUGCGGAUAAAGAAGACGCCGCCUUCGCUGCCGUCGUCCGCCGCGUCGCAGCAUCGAAGCCUCUCGUCGCCUUCCACAAGCUGCCGCGGAUCGAGGACCCUCCCACCGUCAUCCAUGACGCGCAGUUUCUCCUCAGGUACCUCGACCUCGUGAGCCGCUAUGACCAGUUCCUCCACGGCUUCCUCUGCGCCAUGCCUCUUGGGAGUGUCCAAGCCGUGGUCGUGGACGUGUUGUCCAUGGGGGCGCUUGACGUCGCCAAGAAGCUCGGCAUCCCGGCGUACUCCUUCGACGCCACGAAUGCCUCUGCGGUCGCCGUCUUCCUCCAGCUUCCCACGAUUCGCAGGGAGGACCAACCAAGCUUCAGGGAGCUAGGAGACACCCCUCUCAACUUCCAUGGAGUCCCACCCAUGCCGGCGUCUCACCUCGUCGAGCAGGUACUCCAGGAUCCGGAGAGCGAGGUAUACAAGGUGAUGAUGGACGGGUUUCGCAGGAUCCCGCAAGUAGUAGACGGCAUCCUGGUGAACACGUUUGCGUCGUUGGAGACUCGGGCGGUGGAAGCUCUCGGGGACCUUCGGCAUCUCCCAGCAGCGCCGCCGGUGUACUGUGUGGGGCCCUUGCUCGCGGAAGCUGGCAAGGAAAAAGAAAAGCACGAGUGCCUCUCGUGGCUCGACGAGCAACCGGAGCGCAGCGUCGUCUACCUCUGCUUUGGAAGCAUUGGCACCGGCAACCACUCCAGGGAGCAGCUGAAUGAAAUCGCUGUCGGCCUGGAGAAUUCGGGCCACCGGUUCCUGUGGGUGGUGCGAGCUCCUCCAAGCGACGAUCCCGAGCGGCCGUCCGAGCCCCGCACCGACCCAGACCUCGACGAGCUCCUGCCGGAUGGAUUCUUGGACCGAAUAAACGGCCGCGGCCUCAUCCUCAAGCUGUGGGCGCCACAGGUGGAGGUGCUCCACCAUAAAGCAACAGGCGCGUUCGUGACGCACUGUGGGUGGAACUCUGUGCUGGAAGGCAUUAGAGCGGGUGUACCCAUGCUCUGUUGGCCAUUAUAUGCGGAGCAGAAGAUGAACAAGGUGUUCAUGGUGGAGGAGGCCGGGAUUGGAGGGGAGGUCGCAGGAUGGCAGCAAGGGCUUGUCAAGGCGGGGGAGGUGGAGGCUAAGGUGAGGAUGGUGCUGGAGUCCGAGGAAGGGGAGCGGCUCAGGGCGCAGGUGACGGCGCUCAGCAAGGCAGCAGCUGCGGCAUGGGAGGACGGUGGUUCGUCGCGCGUUGCGUUCCAAAGGUUCUUGUCAGAUGCCGAGAAGCUCAAGGCUCAAGCGAUGCGUGCGUAG